CCUUAAUGUGAUGUCAUUCGCUGCCGGAUGAGUGGCUGUGCUGGCGGCAGCGAUGCGCAUGUAGGACUAUGCAUGCAGUCUGCUGCUCGAACGCAUCACAGCGAACUGCAUCUGACAGCUUGCCAGGUUGGAGAACAAAAAAAAGACCAAACACAGAAGAGAGGAAACCAGACCCGCUGGAUUUCCACAAGCCCAGAGUCACCUGCAUCCACCCGAUAGAGGAGAAGGGAAAGGAAGGAGAGAUCUUUCGUUGUGGCCGUCCCCCCUCAAAGCUUGCAUGUAUGAAAGGAUAAUGUUUUUGUUUUAAUACCCGGGAUGAUUGUGUAGCAGGGGUAGAUAUUGAAAUACGCAAGCAGAAACACACCGCUUCGUUCUAUUUUUCACCGCGACUGAGGCCAUGAAUUCGGCAGAGCAGACGGUCACUUGGCUGAUCACACUUGGGGUGCUGGAAUCGCCGAAAAAGAACAUUUCGGAUCCCGAGGCAUUUCUCCAGACCUCCCUCAAAGAUGGGGUUGUCUUGUGCAGACUGCUGGAGAGACUGAGCCCGGGCUCCACUGGCAAAAUCUACCAAGAACCGAAGAACGACGGCGACCGUUUGAGCAACAUAAAGGAGUUUCUCAAAGGCUGCACUUCGUUUCGCGUCGAGCCGUUUGAGCCCAGUGAUCUGGUCCUAGGACUGAACUUCUCCAAGAUACUCAGCAGUCUGGUGGCUCUGAACAAAGUGACUGCAGACAUUGGAGUGGGCAGUGACAGUGUGUGUGCCCGUCACUCUUCGGACCAUCGGAUCAAGUCGUUUGAGUCUCUGGCCUCCCAGUCAUCAUUGGGCCGAUCCUCCAAGCUGCUUCAGAACCGCAGCCCGGACAUGUCUGAGGGCAGCCGGACGCAGCUAUUGGUCAAGGCUCGCUUCAACUUUGAGCAGACCAAUGAGGACGAGCUGUCCUUCAACAAGAGUGAUGUCAUCAACGUGACACGCCAGGAGGAGGGCGGCUGGUGGGAGGGGAACCUCAACGGCAAGACCGGCUGGUUCCCUAGCAACUAUGUCCGUGAGAUUAAAGGCUGUGACAAACAAGUGUCUCCCAAAUCUGGGACCCUGAAGAGUCCCCCAAAAGGCUUUGACACUACAGCCAUCAGCAAGACCUACUACAACCUGGUGCUGCAGAACAUUCUAGAAACAGAGACAGAAUAUUCCAAGGACCUCCAGAGCCUUCUGACCGACUACCUGCGAUCUCUCCAGAGCACAGAGAAACUGAGCAGUACAGAUGUGUAUCUGAUCCUGGGGAACCUGGAGGAGAUCAGCACCUUCCAGCAGAUGCUCGUCCAAUCACUGGAGGAGUGCACCAAACUUCCAGAGAGCCAGCAGAAGGUAGGGGGUUUCUUCCUGAACCUCAUGCCCCAGAUGAAGGCUCUCUAUGUGGGUUACUGCUCCAACCACCCCUCAGCAGUCAACGUGCUCACCCAGCACAGUGAGGAGCUGGGGGAGUUUAUGGAGGGGAAGGGAGCCAGUAGUCCAGGUAUUCUGACCCUGACCACAGGCCUCAGUAAACCCUUCAUGAGGCUGGAUAAAUACCCCACACUACUGAAGGAACUGGAGAGACACAUGGAGGAGAGUCACCCCGACCAGCCAGACAUCCAGAAGUGUAUGACAACAUUCAACAGCCUCUCGGCCCAGUGCCAGGAGGUGAGGAAGAGGAAGGAGCUGGAGCUGCAGAUAGUGACUGAGUCCAUCAGGCUGUGGGAGGGAGACGACAUUAGAACACUGGGCUCUGUUCUCUACAUGAGUCAGGCUCUGGUUUACAGCCCUGGAGCAGAGGAGAAGUACGAGCGUUACCUCAUGCUCUUCCCUCAUGUCCUCCUCAUGCUAUCUGCCACUCCAAGGAUGAGUGGCUUUAUAUUCCAGGGGAAGCUGCCGCUGUCUGGUAUGACUGUGACCACACUAGAGGACAGUGAGGCCCACAAAAACUCCUUUCAGCUUUCUGGCAGUCUAUUUGAGUGUGUUCAGGUGGUGUGUAACAGUCAGCAGGACCUGCAGGACUGGGUGGACCAUCUGACCCGUCAGACUAGACAAACCACGGCCACCGUCCCCAGCCACAAACCCCUCACUGUCCCCUGCCACAAACCCCUCACUGUCCCCAGCCACACGUUGCCCUCCCACCCUUUGACUCCGUCCCGUCAUGCAGAGGGGCGUGCGAUGACGGUGGCCCCAGCCUACCACACCCUGCCUCACCCCUCAUCACAUGGGGCUCCACACAGCACCAUGAUGUGGGGGCCCCUGGAGCCCCCCAACACCCCCAAACCUUGGAGCCUCAGCUGCCUGCGCCCCGCACCCCCCCUCAGGCCCUCUGCAGCACUCUGCUACAAGGAGGACCUCAGUAAGAGUCCUAAGAGUGUGAAGAAGCUUCUUCCUAAACGAAAGCCUGAGAGGAAACCGUCAGAAGAGGAGUCUGCCCUGAGGAAGAGUACAGCUGCUCUAGAGGAAGAUGCUCAGAUCCUGAAGGUGAUAGAAGCUUACUGUACCAGCGCCAAGACCAGACAGACACUCAACUCCACCUGGCAGGGCACUGACCUGAUGCACAACCACGUACUGGGGAACAUGGAGCGGUCCAGUGUGGACUCUCCGGGCCACCGUAGCAGCGUGUCGCGACCUGACUUGACUGGCUCAGACCUGUCGGAGGACUCUGACUACGACUCUGUGUGGACGACCCACAGUUACAGGAUGGGCUCAGUGUCGCGUAAGAGCUGCAUCUCUCACCAGAACUAAACCCCCAAAACGACUGUGGUCGUACCCUUCCGUACCGCGAUACCACACAGCACAGCACGUUUACCUCUUAACCUGUGGUCUAGAGGAAAACCAACCCGUUUUUACGUUUAUUUAUUUGUAUUUAUUUGUAUUAUUUGUAUUAUUUUUAUUUGUGUUUGUAAUUUUUUGGAGAUUGUACUCUCUUUGUUUGAAAAUCUACCAUGUUACCUUGACCUCUCUCUUUCCGUAUUUGUCAGGUAGCUUGUGUUGGGCAUGGUCUGGAGUUCUGUGUGUGUGAUAUUCAGAUGGGAUUCAGGAAGGAAGGCAUUCUAUUGACCAUGUUCUCUAACCUAGCUCCUGAUUCCACAUAUAUUACAGUAGCAAAUGUUGUGCUUACAUUUGACAUUUCCUUAGGACAUCCAAUGAAUCGAUAUAUGUUUGUUAAUACUAUGACUGCCUUAAGGCUCUUACCCCUGUUGCAGUACCCCUGCAGUAUUCCACACACAGGACACAGCAUCGACAGUAGUAUUUCUACGAUAUUGGUAUUAAUAGGAUAUUAUAUAGGAUAUGAGCUCCAUAUUCCCCUAUUAACAGCAUGCAUGCUUCAUUCCCAGGGUGACGAUUUACACUCUUAUCAUCAGAUUUGACCCCAAUCCAAGAUGCAGUACUUUUAAAGUCAAUAUUCCUUCAACAGCUAAACAAUGAUAUUCUCAAAAGCAGUACAACUCUAGGCCCUAAGCAGAGCCACAAGCCUGGCAGGUCCACUUUCUAUAUCUCAAGUAGGAAACAUAUGUUUGUAUCCUUCACCACAUUACCAUGCUCUUCCAUGCAUUAGUAACAACUCUUCUCGUCAGAAACUAUUUCCUUAUGCCACGGUAAGAAUUCCCAGGGGACAGUUUUUCAAAAGUUAUCUGGAUUCCGGCUAUUGGAUCAGCUAUUGGAUAGGAUUAAAUGCAUAGAAAUAGAAUGGACAGAUCAUUGACUUGAAUGGGGACACCUGUUUUAUUUAUUCUGUUCCUAUGCAUUUAAUCCUAUCCGAUAGCCGAAUUCCAGAUAGAUAACUUUUGAAAAACUGGGCCCAGUUUACUGUCCACUUCAAAUCAGUCUUCUCUCUCCGCAGAUCAGUCCUCUCUCUCCGCAGAUCAGUCCUCUCUCUCCGCAGAUCAGUCCUCUCUCUCCGCAGAUCAGUCCUCUCUCUCCAC